AAUUGUUCUGUAGUUGGUCAAAGCUUAUUUCCUGUUAGGGUUUGCCGGUGCUUGCCAAUUAUCCAAUACCAAAUCACUCUCGCGUGAACUUUCUGGAUUUAACGUUUCAGCAGACUCAACGGCCAGAUCUUUGAGAGAGAAAUCGGAGGCACGUGUGGUUCUUUACCAACAAACACGCGAAACAUUCAUGGAUUUUGUUCAACGAGUAUUUGCAGCUGUAUAUUUGAUGGACACUAUGAAUUUCUGAAUUCACUAAUAAAGGAAAGAAAUUUUGUGAAGCUAUUGAAGAUGUUGAUAAACUAUGGUGUGAAGCAUGUUGCCCUUUGUGGAGAGGAAGGGCGAUCCUGACUAUAUUCUCAUAGAUAGAUGCACUGGGAAUUAUGAGAUUAUCUCUAUUUUGUGGUACCUGUGGUUGUAUCCUCUGUAAGGAGCAGGUGGUAGAAUUGUUUCCCUUGAGCGGUGAAAAUGCCCUCUAAUUAUUUCUCAAGAUUUGGAGCAUCUUUCUGGCAAGGAGUCCAGAGAUCAAUCAAUGUGAAAGAAAGCAGAAUACAAGAUCCCAUAGAGGUUUUGAUUGGCCGAGGGAAAUUGUUGCUUGGAUACUCAAAGUCGUUCCACUCUGUGCCUUCUGGAACUUUUUCUGACCUACAUGUAUUUCUACGGCCUGGCACUGUUGCUGCUGCUCAGGCAAAUUUGCAUAUAGUCAAUCGAAGAAAAAAUAUUUCAGUUGGUGGUGCAGUUUCCAUACCGUCUGUAUCUGGGCCUCCAUUUCAAGUUUGUGGGUAUCACAUUGAUCGUCGGCUAUCUAUCACCUUUCAGAUUACUUUUGGCAUCAACUCUCAAAGGGUUCUUAUGUCUGUUUGUGGAUCUAGAUCAGCACCUGCUGAUUGCUCUAUUAGAAAUUUGAUUUCAAGAUCUGUACAACCUGGUGUGGCAGCAUAUUUUUCUUUCACUUCUUACAGCAGAAGAAGCUUCGAUAAUUGUAGAAAAGCUAGCAUGAGCUUGAAAAAUAAAGAACAGCCCAACAAUUUCUUGCUCUAUGGAUAUUUCAUUUAUAAUGUUGCGAAGAGAAAGGGAGAUUCCAAGUCGUACCCAAGAUUUGGGUUUGAUGGUUUCCACUUUUCAUCAUCGGCGUGUUCCUCUACAGGCACUGCUUCUGACAUGUCAUUUGAUGGCUCCAUACAGGAGUGUCAGCGUUUAAGUUCAGCAGAUUCUUCUGAUCUGAAGAUUCCAAUGGAAAGAACUUUAAAGCUAAAUUCAGCAUCAUGUUACCUGCCCCAUCCUGACAAGGAAGAAACUAGUGGAGAGGAUGCUCAUUUUAUCUGCUUGGAUGAACAAGCAAUUGGUGUAGCUGAUGGUGUUGGUGGAUGGGCUGAUCUUGGAGUUGAUGCAGGCCAGUAUGCUCGUGAGCUCAUGUCUAAUUCAGUCGGUGCAAUUCAAGAAGAACCAAGGGGUUCAAUUGAUCCAGCCAGAGUCCUGGAGAAAGCUCACACAAGCACGAAAGCCAAGGGUUCGUCAACAGCUUGUAUAAUUGCUCUCACGGAUCAGGGUCUCCAUGCCAUAAAUUUAGGAGAUAGUGGAUUUAUGGUGAUCAGAGAUGGAUGUACAGUUUUCAGAUCCCCUGUUCAGCAGCAUGAUUUUAAUUUCACUUAUCAGCUGGAGAGUGGAAAUGCUGGAGAUUUGCCUAGCUCUGGAGAGGUGUUUACAAUUCCUGUUGCCCCAGGAGAUGUUAUAGUUGCUGGUACAGAUGGACUUUUUGACAACUUGUAUAACAAUGAUAUUACUUCAGUGGUGGUUCAUGCCGUGAGAGCUGGUUUAGGGCCUCAAGUAACGGCACAAAAGAUUGCAGCAUUAGCUCGGCAACGAGCACAGGACAAAAGCAGGCAGACACCUUUCUCUGCUGCAGCCCAGGAAGCUGGGUUCCGUUAUUAUGGUGGAAAACUGGAUGACAUCACUGUAGUUGUUUCAUACAUUGCCAGUGAGCACAAUGUAUGAUCUCUCUCUCUGGGGGAAGAUUUUCUGUUUGUGCCUGCAUUUAGGCGACUAUGUGGCUGUACAUAAUGCUUAGAUCUUGCAUUAUAUUUUUGGACGAUCCUUAUAUAUGUCAUAUCAAACUUGGGAAACUACUUUUACUUUGUUGUAUAUACUAUAGUUUAGGAUGUUAA